AUGGCGCCUUUCUCUCUCGCUGUUUUGACUGCUCCCUUGCCUGCUGCGCCUACUCCCGCUCCUGAAGUCGAGGUUCCUGCGCCGGAACCGGAAGCGAUGGAAUCCGAGGCUGACAUCCUGCGUCGCGAUUGGGUUGGGAUUCGCGUGAUGCUCGACGGGUUGGGACGUUCGAUCCCGGAUGAUAGUGAUGAGUUGUUGGAGGACAAGGAGAUAUGGAUGCGGCGGUGGAACGAGCUAAUUACUCGCAUGCAGGCUGCCGGCGUGUCCGGCCAACAUUUACAGGUCGAUUUGGAGUUUGAGGGCGAUGAAGAAGCCCUCUUGCUUGAGGGUCGUCAAUGGUAUACUAAGUUCGAGGGACCGAUUCGCGCCUUGAAGGAGGCGGCGGCUGCGCAGGCGGAGGUAGCGACUGCCAGACCUCCUGCCGCGCAGCAGAAGGCAGCGGUACUCGCGCCGUCGAAGGGCAAGAACAUGGGCGCUCCGUUGCCUACAGGGCGUAUGACUGGGGUUCAUCCUUUGCAGAUCGUAUGCGAGCGUUGCGAGAGUGCGGGGAAGAAGUGUGAUGGCAGGCCCGGCGUGCGUUGUGACGCCUGUGCAAAGUCGCACAAGGGAUGUUCCUUCAAGAUAGGUCCUACUAGAGCAAUUCCCAAACGUCGCGCUCAGAAAGCUGCGCCCGCGUCUUCGCGUGCGCCUACUGCAGAGUCUGCUCCUCGCACCGCGUCUUCGCGUCAAGAGGUGAUGGAGUUGGACAGCGAGGGCGAUGCUGUGGAGUCGGAGGAGGUUUCUGCUCCUGAGGCCGGUCCCGUUGCAGGCCCUUCUACCUUGCCUGCUAGGCCUACUCAGGCUAUUGGCCCUCUCCCUUCCCGCCCCAAGAAGCGUCGCGCGGAGGAGACCUUGGAUCGUUAUGAGGAGGGUGGGGAAUUGGAGCGUCUGCGCUCGGAGAAUGCGCGGCUCCGCGAGCUUCUUCGUCGGGCAGGAGAGCGCGCUCGCUCUCAACAAGCUGAGAUGGCUGCGCAAAGCAGCCGUUUGUAUUCAUUGUCGCGCGAGUGGAAGGAGGAUGAGGAACUUGCGGAGUUCCUCUAG